GAUAAACCUUAUAAACGUACAAUACGUAAUUCCCUUAAUGAUUUUUUGGCUGCCAACAAUGUUGCCCCUGCUGUGGUGGCUACGUGUUCUGCAACUGUUCAUAGCAACACACAGAACUCACCACCCGGAGCUAUAUAUCCACAGACAUUAGAAGAAAUUAAAAAAGAACAAGAGUCUCUCAUUCAAUUAAAAGAAACUUCCAGUCUCAUAGAAAAUAAUAAUAACAAUAACUGUAAUAAAGACAAUGAAACGCUGACUAGUUGCAAAAAGUCCCCAGUGGCUGCAAAUGGUCAUGCGAUACUUUUGAGUUCAACAGCAAGUCCACUACGUAAUAAUGUUAACGUAAUGAACAGAGACAGAGAUCGUAAGCGUGAACGUGAUCAUCGUAAACGUGAACGAGAUAGGGAUACAAAAACCACUAGAGAAAAUAAUUUUAACAAGGAACGUUAUUUGGAAAGAAGGCAAAGAUCAUCACCAAACAUUUAUAGUACUGGUGGAGGUGGUGGCGGAGGGAUGGAUGUUGGUAAUGGUGGUGGUAGACGCAAUACUAACAGCAAUAUACACCAUCUAAAUCAAAGACAACAACGUUUUAAUGGCAAUUUACUUGGCAAUACUGGUAGUGUUGACGCGCAUCAACAACACCAUCCUCAUUCCCAUUCCCAUCCACAUCCGCAUCAUCAUCAUCCAAAUCAUCAAAUUAUAAACAACCAUCAUAAUGCUACGUCCUCCUCUACAACUUAUAUUGCUAAUAACUCUUCUACUAAUCCUCAUAUUUUAAUGUGUAAUCACGCUAACAACUCCACUAAUAUUUUAUUUAAUCGUCCUAGUCGUAUUAACAAUACUCCCCUCAUAACCGCAACUCAGUUUAACAACCAAAUGCUUAGUAAACAAUCGAAUAGUAUUUUAGUUAAUCGUCGCGAUCAUCGUACCGCUUUAAAUUUGGGCCUAAGCGGUACUCCCUGUACGAAUUUCUCUAAUAGUAAUUUGUUAUUAACAAAAGCUAAUUCUAACACGCAUCAUCUACAUGCUGCGGCAGUAGGUCAUGCCAUAGGCGGUGGUCACCAUCAUCUUCACCACCAUCAUCAUCAUCAUCACGGUCAGAAUUCUAGUACGAACAGUGGUGGUAUUACUCCAGCUACUCAAAUAACAGAUCGUAUAUUAAUGGCGGCAUCGAUAGCGGCAGCGCAACGUCAUACUUUAGGUAUUGCUCACUCAGCUGCAACGAAUGCGGCUGCAGUGGCGGCGGCUAAUAAUUUAAAUUUUCUACAGCAACAAAAUAAACCAAAACUUGUUAUUAAGCCAUUUAAAAUUAAUGAU